GCAAAAAUGGUGGAUUCAAGAAACAGGGUAUGGUUCUUCAUCUGUGUUCUGUUUCUCUGUUUUUCUCUUAACAGCCGUCUCUGUAUUGGAGCUGGAGCUGGAAUUCUGUCGGUUGGUGAAUCUAUUUCUGGAGAUCAGACCAUAAUCUCCGAAGGGAAUGGGAAUUUCGAAUUGGGUUUCUUCACGAAAGGUAAGUCUCAGAACUACUAUGUUGGUAUCUGGUACAGAAAGAUAACGGAGAAGACCGUCGUUUGGGUGGCAAACAGGGAUAAACCCCUCUCUGAUAAGUAUGCCUCACAACUGAAGUUCUUAGAUGAUGGGAAUUUAGUCAUUCUCGACCCAUCCAAAACCCUUAUCUGGUCGACAAAUUUGACCUCCACAACCUCGAAUUCUACCGAGGCAGCACUUUUUGAUUCUGGAAAUUUUGUUUUGAGAAACGUGUCAAAUUCCUCUGACUUCAUUUGGCAGAGUUUUGAUCACCCAGCUGAUACUUGGUUGCCUGGUGGAAAGAUUGGGCUUAAUAAACGCACCAAUAAAUCACAGCUCCUCACUUCAUGGAAGAAUUCAGAGGAUCCCGCUCAAGGUCUCUUCUCUCUUGAGCUAGAUCCUGCUGGAACCAGUCAAUAUUUUAUAUUGUGGAAUGGUUCUGUUAACUACUGGUCUAGUGGGACUUGGGAUGGUCAUAUUUUCAGCUUAGUUCCUGAGAUGAGAAGUAAUUAUAUCUACAAUUUCUCCUAUGUUUCGAACGAGAACGAGAACUAUUUCACUUAUAAUUUAUAUAAUUCCACUAUUAUCUCUAGAUUCGUCAUGGAUGUGUCGGGGCAGAUCAAGCAGCUUUCUUGGCUUGAUGGUAUCGGUUGGAAUUUAUUUUGGGCGCAACCGAGACAGCAAUGCGAGGUUUUUGCUCUUUGCGGGGGUUUCGGAGCCUGCAAUCAGCAAGCUUCGAGUUCUUGUGGGUGUUUGCAAGGUUUCAAUCCACGUUACCCAACAGAUUACACAACUCUUAGUGAUUGGUCUGGUGGGUGCGUGAGGAAUACCCAACUGCAGUGUAUGAAUAAUGCUUCUGUAAAUGGGGAGAAAGAUGGGUUCUUGAUGAUAGGCAAUAUAACAUUGCCCGAAAAUCCACGAUCUUUGGCAGUUGAGAGUACCCAGGCCUGUGAAUUGGCUUGCUUGAACAACUGUUCUUGUAAUGCUUAUGCAUAUGAUGGUGGCUGCUCAGUGUGGGAAGGAGAUCUCAUGAAUUUGCAGCAACUCUCAGAUGGCGUCACUGGUGGAAAGAACCUAUAUCUCAAACUUGCUGCCUCUGAACUUCGGAAUUCGACUUCCGGAGGUAAUAAGAAUGGAUCAGCUACUGGUGCUAUUGUGGGGGCUGUUUCAGGGGCAGUAGCCCUCUUGGGUCUUGUGGCGGUGCUAUUAUGGGUCUUAUGGCAGAGGAGGAAUUUCGUUGGACGUUCGAAGGUGGAGGGUUCGUUGGUUUCAUUUACGUACAGAGAUUUACAGAGUGCAACCAAGAACUUCACUGAAAAGCUGGGGGGAGGAGGGUUUGGUUCUGUUUUCAAAGGAACAUUGCCUGAUUCCACUGUUGUAGCUGUGAAGAAGCUUGAAAGCGUCAGUCAAGGAGAGAAGCAGUUUCGAACUGAAGUAAGUACAAUUGGGACCAUUCAACAUGUUAAUCUUGUUCGCCUCCGUGGCUUCUGUUCUGAAAGUACUAAAAGGUUGCUGGUCUAUGACUUUAUGCCAAAGGGCUCUUUAGAUUCCCAUAUGUUUCAUAAAACAAGGGACUCUGACGUUUUAGACUGGAAAACAAGAUACCAAAUUGCAAUUGGGACGGCUAGAGGAUUAACUUAUCUGCAUGAGAAGUGCAGAGACUGCAUCAUACACUGUGACAUCAAACCUGGGAACAUUCUUUUAGAUGCUGAAUUCUGUCCCAAGGUGGCUGACUUUGGCCUAGCCAAGCUUGUUGGUCGGGAAUUUAGUCGGGUUCUGACAACCAUGAGAGGGACCAGAGGAUACCUCGCACCAGAGUGGAUUUCGGGUGUCGCCAUUACAACCAAAGCUGAUGUUUACAGCUAUGGUAUGAUGCUCUUUGAGAUUAUAUCAGGGAGGAGAAACUCCGAUCAACCCGAUGGUGAGAAUGUUGGUUUCUUUCCUUCUUGGGCAGCAACCAAAAUCAAUGAAGAUGGAGAAAUCCUUAGCCUUUUAGACUACAGGCUAGAAGGUAAUGCUGAUAUUGCAGAACUGACCAGAGUCUGUAAAGUUGCUUGUUGGUGCGUCCAAGAUGAAGAAGCUCAUAGGCCAUCAAUGGGGCUGGUGGUUCAGAUACUUGAGGGAGUAGUGGAUGUUAGCGCACCUCCCAUCCCUAGAACUCUCCAAUCUCUCGCGGAGAACCAUGAGCACAUAGUUUUCUUUGCUGAGCCUUCUUCAAACCAGAGUUCGCGAGCACGGAGUCCCUCCCCUGGUACUUCCUCUCAGACCAAGAGCACUCCAUCAUCCACAAGUUCCAAGGCAUGAAAUUUCUGAAUCUGGGAAGGAGUUCUUAAGCUGUUUGCCCAUUCAGUCCAGAGAACAAUGUAUUUCCGCAGUUCUACGUCAAAUCGUAGAACUAUAGUCUCAGCUGUUUUCUUUAGUUUCUAUUUACCAUGUUUCUAUGCUCUUGACUGGAAGGCUUUGCUUCCUUUUUUUUUGUUCCAGCUAUGUUACUGGUCACAAAUACUAGCUAGAAAUACAAAUUAGCAGGUAAUAACAAAAUUCACUUCUAUCAUCCC